UUAAAUGAAUCUGAGCUCUGUCCUUGUUCAAGUGGUUUCAUAUCUGUGAGUGAUGCCGCCUACAGGGACAAUGUCUUAGCAAUCGCCUAUGGAACUCGCGUUCUUCUUGCUAACGUUCAGAAUCACGCCACUUCACUUCUCAUCUGCAUUUCCGAUGCUGCCAUCUUGAAGGCCAUUUCCGGCGUUCGCUUUUUCAACAAUUAUGUAUAUUUCUCGUCCCAAGAUGGUAUCAUAGGGAAAGCUGCCAUACCCACCCAGUUAAACAAAAGUUACGACCUCACUAUCCUCAAUAAGGCGUCCACAUUGGGAGGUAAAAAUUUUCACCGGUUUUUUGGAGGCCUACACAUUACUCACAACGGAGUCUAUGCCGUUUAUGUGGAGUCCACUGUGGCCCCAGCAUUCUGCAACAUCACUUCAAACCUGGUUUUUAUGGUGCUGUUGUCGAAUCUGGAAGUCGUCGACUUGAUUGAUAGGCUGUCUGGACCGAUGAGAAGGAAUGUGGAUUGUCUUUACCAGGUGACACGACUACUGCUCUCCACUGAGUACUACAAGUCCUCCUCUAUGGAAUGCCCCAGUGUUGACAUGGACUCGGAGGUGUGGUCACAAAAGUUACUGACAUUUUCUGAGAGUGCUCUUUUUGACACCAAGGCAGAUCUCUCAAAGCUGGAACUGCACAAAAUUCAAUUUCAAAGAGCUGUCACAAUGCUGCUCAUAGAAGAAUCUAGCAGGUCACCAGACACGAAACAAAUGCUGCAGAACCAGCUUGAUCGUUUGAAUAAGAUUUUGGCUCUUCGACAAAUUGAUCAGUGCUAUCGGCUCUUCCUUAAGACUGAGGUGCAAAGGCAAUAUCAAGAUUGCAUUCUGAUCUUGCGAAUUGCCGUUCUCUGUCAGCAAUACCUGAGAAGUGAUGCCGCUAAGGAUUGUGGUGUGGUGGCGCUAUGUUCGAUGCUGCAUCGUGCCACUGAGGCGGUUAUGAGCGUUGCCCAGAAGCUCCUCGUUAAGCGCUUUGAAGUAACGCUGAGCGAUGUCAACACCACCGUCCUGCUCGUUUGUCCUGUCUGUCAAACUGAUAUCCUUUUCACUUGUUCCACACAAUUUCUUACAAGUGCUUGA